CAUUAAGUAUAUAUAAUUUAGCAAAUUCAGGAGCUCUGCUUCAGUCCCUGGGUGUGGGCAAUUUGUAAUGCAUGGAACAGAGGAUCUCUAGAAAAAGACCUCUACGUCAUUGGAGGUAUAAUUCCAACAUUUGAAGUCCAUUUUAAGGGAAAGGAAGAGUAACAGAGCCAAGAGGUGAAUUGUUUACCAGCUCGGUUGGACUGAAAUGGUCACUAAGUGAAACACAUGUGGUGGUGUUUCUCGUAUACAAAAGAGCAUUAGGCCAAAUCCAAACCCUUGCCUGGGAAGACAUCACCAGACCAUGAAGAUCUCCGGGACUUCACUGGACCUGAGUGUAGCCGAAUAUGUAGUCGCACUGGACCCUACAUUCACUGUGCUUGAAUUUGCCAGUCUAUGCAUGCUCCCUGUACAAACAGAACCACUAAUACCUCACCCUGUGCCUGCUUCCGAACCAUUGCCUUUGCUGCAGCAGAGCACCGUGAACCUCUGUGCCAUCUGCGCAGACAGGGCUACAGGGAAACAUUACGGUGCAGCGAGCUGUGAUGGCUGUAAGGGAUUCUUUCGAAGGAGUGUACGCAAGAACCAUACUUACACAUGCAGGUUCAGUAGACAGUGUGUGAUGGACAAAGACAAAAGGAACCAAUGUCGCUACUGCAGACUUCAAAAGUGCUUGAGAGCUGGCAUGAGAAAAGAGGCUGUUCAAAAUGAGCGUGACCGUAUCAGCUGUCAUAGAGAGGGCCAAGGGGUGGAAACGCUCACCAUCGAUGUGUUGGUGCAGGCAGAGACCAAUACUCAUCAGCACCUCUCCCUGAAUCCCAUGAGGGACAUCAACACCAAGAAGAUAGCCAGUGUGGGUGAUGUGUGUGAGUCCAUGAAACAGCAGCUCCUUCUCUUAGUGGAAUGGGCAAAGUGCAUCCCUGAAUUCUGUGAGCUUUCCGUGGAUGACAGGGUCGUGCUGUUGAGAGCUCACUCUGCAGAGCACCUCAUCUUAGGGGUGGCACGUCGAUCAUUGCCCUACAAUGAUGUCAUCCUGUUGGGGAAUGACUUCAUCAUUCCUGUGAGAGGAACCGAGCAGGGGAUGUCCAAGGUAGCAGCUCGUAUCUUGGAGGAGCUGGUGAGACCUCUGAAAGAGCUCAACAUCACAGACACAGAAUUUGUCUGUCUCAAAACCAUUGUCUUCUUCGCCCCAGACUGCCCUGGACUACAGUGUGCCCAGGCAGUGCGCCGGUUGCGAUUCCAGUCCCAGGUGUUGUUGGAUGAGGCCACUAGCGAGCAGCGAGGGCGAUUUGGGGAGCUGCUGUUGCUGCUGACCACACUUCAGAGUGUAGCCUGGCAGAUGGUGGAGCAGCUGCAGCUAAUGCAUCUCCUGGGCAAGGCCAACAUGGACAGCCUGUUGAUGGAGAUGCUACUGGGAGAGGAGGCAGCCAGAGGAUCUGAAUCACUGCAGGCUUCAGAGCCGGUCCUCUCCAGAGAAAUACUGACAGAGCAUAUCCCACUGCCUAACUUCACAUCAGUGAUCCUCCCUGUACCCUCUUCUCUGACUGAAGAGCCCUUGCUACACACACACGCUGUGCCUGAGGUAUUCAUACAUGGACAAGCAGCAGACAUGCCAAGAUAAAUGGCCAACAGCCUCGCCAUGUCAACUGUCCACACAUGCCUUUAACCACAAUAACUAAGAAGUCAUAGAUACACAUGUGUAAAGGUUUUCAGUUAUACAGACACUAAUAACUUGACAUAUUUCUGCCCUGUACUUCACUGUAUUUUGCAUGUUCCUGAUCUGAGAAGUGCUUUUUAUAAUGUAUCAAAAAGGGUGUGUGAUCCACUAAUAGUUUUAAAAUUUGACUGAGUGAAAAACUUACAUCAGAUAAAAAGUUAGGUAGUAUAUAAAAAUUCUCUAAUGAAAUCACUAGUAAAUGAUUGUCUAAUUUAUUGGAUUAUGACGUGGCAGGGGAGCGUGCGCAUAAACAUUCAAAUCCAACAAAUUUUCAGGGUUCAUGGUUCAAUCAGAUACAGACUGUAAUACGCAUGAGGGAAUGGUACAUACAAAUGGUAAACAAUCGAGGGAAGAAAGAUAGCAUUUUUGCUAAUGUUAGACUUUAACAUUAGCUAAUAUCUCGUUCAAUAUAUUUUUUAUCAAACCAUUUACUUCACUUAUGAAACUGAAAUUUGUCUAAUGCAAUUUUUUAAAAAUAAUUUACAGACAAACAGGUUUCAGCUAUGACUGUGAACUCUCAAGUUAGCAUAAUGUAGGCUAAAACGUUUACACAAAUAUUCACCAGAGGGCGCCAAAUGCCUACUAAAUCCAGAUAAUGCAGCUUUCCUAUGAUAGGACUGUUUUUUGUAAUGUUGUCUUAUGAUAUGACUAGUUUUCCUUGUCCAGCCUGAAUAUACAGUUACAAGUAUAAAUAGUGAAGUGAGUUUAGCCCCAUAUAAAAAUCUAACCUAUACACAAACUUUAGAUAAGUGCAGAGAAGAUAUCUUUUACCAUCACCCUAAUUUGGUCGCUACAAAUAUUAGCAUCUAAAUAGCUAUAUAUGAAGUUGCUGUUUUACAUAGCUGUUUAUGAGCCUCCCUCUCUAGUGCUUUCCCCUUCCCCUAGCAGGUUAAGUGUAAAUUAACGUUAACAGGAGCGAUGGUUCUGGUCAGGAGGAUUAGUCUGACUCAUCAGAACAGAGGAGCUUAGUGGGCAGCUAUACAUCAGUAAAGAAAUGGAAAAAGAAAUAUUUUCCCCCCUGGCAACAGCAGCCACAACGAGUGAGAGUAUCUGCCCUCCUUUCAAACCAGUAAUUGAAACCAAUGUACAGAAACGCAUAAACUAAUCGUAACUAAUGGAUGACUAAUGCUCCCAUUGCGCCAAGUUCAGUAAAUGUUUUUCUUCACCUGUGGAGACAAAUCCCCAACUAGUAAAAAGCUAGCACAAUGAAACAAUGGAAUUGCAUGCACUGAAAGUUAAGAACCUUAAUGCAACAUGGGAAAAGAAAGGAAGCAAAAUUAUAACAGUAGGCUGCAGUAUUGUUACUAGAUAACACUUUGUGUCCAUACAUUGAAGAUAUUUAAUCAAAUUUGUAGGUAGGCAAAUGAAUAAAAUCUACAGUAAAAGCACUGUAGUAACCUAUAUUUCAUCAGCCAACCCAAAUUACCUGUGUGUUUAUAAUCCAGAUGUGUUAGGGCAUUAUUGAUUGGUAUUUACAUUUAUUUAAAAGCUUUGAGUAUUUGGAAAGAAGCACAAACUAUGAUACUUUUUUAUUCUGUUCAUUUUAAAAAAUUAUCAAUAGAGUAUUUACAGUAUACAUAUGGUGUUCCUACAUAUCUGUCAUUUAUAUACCAUAUAGCUCACAGCACUACAUUAAUAAUCCUCAGGUGAGUUUUGUUUUGUUAUCAAAGUGUACUAUAGUUGCCAUUUGAUGCCAAUUGGUUCCAGGUGUGAAUCAUGUAUUUUGUCAUUGGCAUCAAACUUAGUGCAACGUGUCUUGACACACCAUAUUUGAAUGUAUGUGAAUGUAAAUGAUCUAUAUCUUCACCUUUCAAUAAAACAGGAGAGAA